AUGGCAUGCAUCGAAGGAAAGAGUUCUUGUGACAACAUCUUGAGUGUUAGAUCCUCAAAAAAUGAUGGAAUUUAUGAGGUUAGAGUUCUCAAAAGAUGGAGAGUUCCUGACUUUUUUAAGCCUGAGAUGUUUGAUUCUGUUGCAAUGGUUCUGAUUGACAAACAUGGUCACAAAAUUGAAGCGGUGAUCCCAGAAAAUCUUCUCUGUGUGUUCGACGAAAAGAUUGUUGAGGGAAGGGUUUAUAGGAUUUCAUCACUUUCUGUGAAGUUGAAUUUUGGUCAUUCCGUUUCAACUUUUCACAGGUACAAGUUUGAGUUUAACAAGAAUACAAAGGUGGAACCAUGUAGUAACUGUGCUGUUAUCCCAACAUACGGGUUAUCUUUGAUUGGUGCUGAUGAUGUUCUUAAGAAAAAAGAAAAAAAGGAAUGCUAUAAGUAUUUGGUUGAUGUUGUUGGUGUUAUUACUAAAGUUCAGCAUAAUAAGGAUUUUUAUCCCGAUGGAAAAGUUAUCAGAUCUGUGACUUUUAAGUUAAACAAUGAAAGGAAAUCUUUUUGCUGCGAGCUAUAUGGUAGUCUUGUGGAUGAUUUCAAGAAUCUUGUGAAGAGUUGUUCCAAUGGAUUGCCUAUAGUGGUGUUGCAGUUUGUUAGGAUCAAUUAUGUUCAAGGUGGGACAUUAGUUCAAGGUGUUGAAAAUGUUACUAAAAUUCAUGUGAAUCCAGCCACGGAUGAGCUGCUGAGAUUUAAGAGUGGAUUGGUGUUAUAUUUAAGUAGGAGUGCAAAUUAUGGUGGUCUUCUUCGUUCCUCUCUUGAACCACGUCUUUCUGAGAUGCUUGAUUUCCUGAAGGAUUAUCCUGUGAAGACUAUUGGUGAGCUGAAAUCUGAUCCAGAGCUUGGUACCUUUAUUGUGAAUGCAAGAAUGCUUGAUAUUGUUAAGAUGGAUCCUUGGUGGUACCCUAUCUGCAAGUGUAAUAAAAUAUUUGAUAAGUAUAUUGGGGCAUUCCAUUGUACAAAAUGCAAUGCAGCUGAUUUUAAAGCAGCUCCUAAGGUGAAGUUAACUGUCGAAGUAGAGGAUGAAACUGGAUAUGCGUUGGUUACUUCUUUCGACCAUGUAAUGGCAAAACUGGCUGUCUAUGAUACUUCUGCUCGGGAGAUUAAUAGUGAUAACUUUUAUCGCGCUUUUGCUGCUAUCAUGGGAAAGAGUAUUAUGUGGAUUGUCAAGAAAACGUUUCAUGGGCCUGAUUUUGUUGGUUGUUCUUUUGAUCUGGUGCGUGUGUCUAAUCAUAAAGCUGUAAUUGAAUAUUUUAGAGGGAAAGGACUUUAUACUACUCCAUCUAAGAUUGUUAGGAGGAGAUUGUUGAGUAAUGUAAUUGCUGGGGAAUUAAAUGAGUUGCUUCCAUCCACCACUACAACAAGUGAUCUUGAGGAUCUAUAUUUGUCAGCAGCUUAUCCCAUUGGCUUGGACAACGAUCGUGCUUCCUCAUCUGGUUCAAAGCGUCCAAGAGAAUGA